UCUCCUCACACGACAGCGCGGUCUUUCCUGAGAGGCGCCUCGGUGGGAGAGUGUUGCGGGCUCUGCGUCCCCGAGGCGGCCCGGCGGUCGGCGGCUUCCGCGUGGCCCGGAGCGAGGGCGGCCCCGCUCGAGGCCCGCGUCGCCAUGGCCGCGGUUCCCGAGUUGCUGCAGCAGCAGGAGGAGGACCGCAGCAAGAUCACUCAAGCUCAGACAGCUCCAUCCAUGUUGCUGAAUCAUCUUUGUUGGUGGUGAAGCUGAGGUCUGUAUCAGUGGACCUGAACGUUGAUCCCUCGCUUCAGAUUGACAUACCUGAUGCACUCAGUGAGAGAGAUAAAGUCAAAUUUACAGUGCACACCAAGACCACGCUGCCCACGUUUCAGAGCCCAGAGUUUUCUGUUACAAGGCAACAUGAAGACUUUGUGUGGCUACAUGACACUCUUAUUGAAACUACAGACUAUGCUGGGCUUAUUAUUCCACCUGCACCUGCAAAGCCAGACUUCGAUGGCCCUCGAGAGAAGAUGCAGAAACUGGGAGAGGGCGAAGGGUCUAUGACCAAAGAAGAAUUUGCCAAGAUGAAGCAAGAGCUGGAAGCUGAGUACCUCGCAGUCUUUAAGAAGACUGUGUCUUCCCAUGAAGUCUUUCUUCAGCGGCUCUCCUCUCACCCUGUUCUCAGUAAAGAUCGCAAUUUUCAUGUUUUCCUGGAAUAUGAUCAAGAUCUAAGUGUUAGGCGGAAAAAUACCAAAGAGAUGUUUGGUGGCUUUUUCAAAAGUGUGGUGAAAAGUGCUGAUGAAGUCCUUUUUUCAGGAGUUAAGGAGGUAGAUGACUUUUUUGAGCAAGAAAAGAAUUUCCUCAUUAACUAUUAUAAUAGGAUCAAGGAUUCCUGUGCAAAGGCUGACAGGAUGACCAGAUCUCAUAAAAAUGUAGCGGACGAUUACAUCCACACCGCAGCCUGCCUGCAUAGCCUAGCUUUAGAAGAGCCUGCGGUCAUCAAAAAGUACCUGUUGAAGGUGGCUGAGCUGUUCGAAAAACUUAGGAAAGUAGAGGGUCGAGUCUCCUCAGAUGAAGACUUAAAGCUGACAGAGCUCCUCCGAUACUACAUGCUCAACAUAGAGGCUGCUAAGGAUCUCUUAUACAGACGCACCAAAGCCCUCAUUGACUAUGAGAAUUCAAACAAAGCGUUGGAUAAGGCCCGGUUAAAAAGCAAAGACGUCAAGCUGGCUGAGGCUCACCAACAGGAAUGCUGCCAGAAAUUUGAACAGCUUUCUGAAUCUGCAAAAGAAGAGCUAAUCAAUUUCAAACGAAAGAGAGUGGCAGCAUUUAGGAAGAACCUGAUUGAAAUGUCUGAACUGGAAAUAAAGCAUGCCAGGAACAACGUCUCCCUCCUGCAGAGCUGCAUCGACUUGUUCAAGAACAACUGAAGGGAGGUCGUGAAUGUGAAGGAAGCCAGCAUCACUUGCACUCAGAUCAUUACCAUGGAAGAUUUAUUACCUUUGACUUUAGUUUAAAAUUAUGUGAAUAAAUACUUUGAUUUCUAAAGAUCUUAACA